CAUCACUCUCGCUCCUUUCCUCCCCAAAGCCUAUAUUUCUUUACAACCCGGUUAUUUUCGCUAUUCGCGCAAUCAUUCGCCGAUCGAACGGCCGCCGCUCUGCGGCUGGUGCACUUUGUGUCGGGCAUCGAGAGAGGAGGAACAACGACCUCCGUGAAAAACGCAGUGCGAGCAGGGAAGCCCGGUGCGGCGCCGAUAGGACGGCGACGAGGACGACGAGGACGACGCGGCGUCUCAGGGCGGCACGAUGUGGCGGCACGGCGGGACGACCCGCUUCUGGAUUUGCUCGGUUGUCGCCGCAGUCGCCGCGCUCUUCGCUAGCGGACAGAAGCCCAUACCGCACGGAUGCGACCUGGACAAAGAAUCUAAGGGAGCUUCAAAGUGCGCUCAGGAGAACUUCGAAGGAAAGUUCGACCAGGUGAUGGCUGAGAAGCUCGUAAUCGGCUGCAUCACGGGAAACCUCACCAUCGCCGAAUUUCGGAACCGCUGCCGGAGGCCUCCAUUGGCCGGUCGUGUUGUGCGUUGCGUCGGGGGAACGCUUCCACAGAUCAAGUUCGUACAAAAGCCGACGAUGGACCAUCUGGCCAAAUUUCAAGACGAGAAUAAUAACGUCACGAACUGCGUUGUUAAAACAAUUUACCCGCACUCGCAUCUCUUUAGGUGAUCGCUGGUUGCCGACUAUAAUAAACAAUAAAAGGCUCAACGUCACGGUCGACGUGAUGUUCGGCACAUGGCUGUUUCCUUCUACGA